ACAGCCUGGAAAACACACAACAACCCUUUAUUUAUCUCCAUGAGUACAUUCCUUGCUACUGAGUUAUUAGCAAGGUGUUUUGGGGCAUCUUCCACACAAUGUGGUGUUUAUUCCCUGUCAAAUCCUGCUUAUCAGUGAGUUGUGCCAUUUUAAGGGCAUUCAUGCAAGCAGGGAAAACAUGAUUCAUUAAUACUUCUGCCAGGUGGUUGGUUUUGGGAACAGUAGUCAAAAAGUAUAUUUUCUAAUCUGUCAUGGUGUAAGCAUGCAUGAACCGUUAUGGGAAAUGACAUGAAGGAGGGGAAUAUUCCCAUGAGGUUUUUAGAAAGUUUUAAGUAUUCAGAUCUUUCACAUACAAUUCGUAUAAGCCUGCCCAUAAAUAAUGUGAAAUAUCUCAGCAUUAUUUAUAAGAAUUCUGUCAGGAGAAUGUACUAUACUGCAUGAUACUCAUGUUGAAGCAUGUAAGAAAAGCCUGACCACGACAAAAACCUGUUUUUAGCACUACUCAUCCAAAUGCCUAUGGAAAACCAACAAGUAUUAUGUCAAAUACAGCCUGUCCCUAAGUUGCGAACAAGUUAGGUUCUGUGUAGAUUUGUUUCUAAGUUGAAUUUGCAUAGGGAAGGAUCAACACCCCUGUGUUGUUUGUUUUGUGUAUGUUCCCCUGUUCAGAAGAUUUCACCUCACUUUCUGCCCCUGUGAGAAUUGGAUUUUGAAAAAUGUGUCUUGUUGUGAAGACAAGGAUUGAUGAUAAACUUCAGCUGAGAAAACUUUUCCCCAUGAUAAUAACUCUUUCAGUAGUGAAUUUCCCUUCCUAGGGGUAGUUUUCUAUCACUUCGUGUUGUCUCACCCAUUCUUAUGAGUUGUUUGCAAAUUGGAUGUUUGUAACUCAGGGACUGCCUAUAGUGACAAAGUGAAAGGGGAACAAAGGAAUCUUGCUGAAGGCCACUCUUAGGUUCUUUGCUGAGGCAAGAUUACAGCUCAUUCUCCUACAAUUCUCAGUGAAACAAGCACACUUACAUUCAUGUGUUUCUGAAGCACCUGUGUGUCGGCAUCCUUGUCACUAUUGUAGCUAAAUUUAAACAGAAAUGGCAAAAAUUAUUUUGUACUAAAGCCUCCCAAGACCUCACUUUAAUUUGAAAGCAAGGCAUAUUAUCUCUUGUGUACCUUUAUUUUAUUUUUAUUUUUUAAAGGAUCUCUUAAAACCUUUUAAAAUUUCUCACUUUGUUUUAAAGGGAAAUCACAGUGUAGUUUGUAGGCGUGGCAAGCUCAUCAGGACAAUGGGAUAGCUUUCCAUCUCUUUUUAGUACAAAGGGUCUUCACCUGUGUUCUGGGGAGACACAAUGACCUCACAAAGUGUUCAUGAAGGCUUGAAGAAACAUUGCGAGCUUUCUUUUGUUCAUGAAAAUGAACAAAAUCUGGCUACCAGUAUUAAAAAAACUCCAAAAUCAGAACAGUAAAUAAGGAGCAGCACUCUGAAAACAGAAGAAUUCCAGACAGGAAUCAAUCAGGAGCAGCUAAUGACUCUGAACAAAGGAUUCCCCCAGGCCAGGAUGAGAGGCUGGGAAGGCCACCAACAGACAAGAGUUCCUUCCCCCACCCAGAACUUCCACAGAUAUAUAAACCUUCCUUGCUUAGUUUCUCCAUACCUCAUAACCUCUGAGGAUGCCUGCUAUAGAUGUGGGCGAAACGUCAGGAGAGAAAACUUCUGGAACAUGGCCAUACAGCCCGGAAAACAUACAACAACCCUGUGAUCUCGGCCAUGAAAGCCUUUGACAAUACAUUGCGAGCUUUUACAGCUAAAAUAGAAAAAGAAACAAUGUAUGUGUUGUCAAAGGCUUUCAUGGGCGGAAUCAUUGGGUUGCUGUGAGUUUUCCGCACCGUAUGGCCAUAUUCCAGAAGCAUUCUCUCCUGACAUUUCUUUCUCCCACCCUGGAGAUUCCACAGAUAAAUAAACCCCACCUGCCUGGUUUCCAACAGAUCUCACAAACUCUGAGGAUUCCUACCAUAGAUGUGAGCGAAACGUCAGGAGAUAAUGCUUCUGGAGCAUGGCCAUACAGACCGGAAAACUCACGGCAACCCAAACAGUAUCUGAAUGGAAUGAAGAAAGAAAAAGAGAACGAUGGAUGAUCAAUUGAUGGCUCAUAGAGAACAAGUAUCUUUUGCUGGUGAUAGACAUCAUUUUAGGGGUGUGAGAAUCCAUUCUGUUUUCAUUCUGUUUUUGUUUCGAAUUUUGGGUGCUGCCUGUUCUGUUUUGGGAAGAUUCCAGGAGAUUAGGAGGGGGCCAUUUGGAUUCGUAAUUCGGAAUCCUGAGCUCCAUUUCCAUUUUGGGAAGAAUCUUCCUGAAAACAGAACAGGGGGACGGGAUCAGAAAACAGAAUGAAAACAGAAUAGAGUCUGCCGUUUUGCAUACCCCUAAUCUGUACAAAGUUUCAUUACAGUAUCUCAAACCAUUCAUAAGUUGUGAAAAUCACUGUUUGAUAGCAAAAGAAAAGUUGUACUCCGCACUUGAUAUUUUUACAAGUGAUGAGAACAUCUGAGUGAAUGAUGCAUUGCUGAGUUGCUGAGAGAAAACACAUGAUAUUCCUUGAGACUGCACAUACAUCCAGAAACCGCCUUUGUAGUUGUUGUUGUCCAUGUUGUGCCUCCACAUUCUUGGAGCAUCUUCCACUUCCUAUGAUUCUGCUGCUCUGUUGAGGAUGUUCUCAAAAAAUCCAUGUAUAAAACGAGGGCCAUAUUUGAGAGAGUCAGAGUUAGUCCAUGUGAUUCAGUGUUCAGAGAGACUUUGGAAUGAUAACUGGAUCAUUGAAAAUUGAUGGAGUUUCUUCUUUGAUUUCUGUUAAUAAAAGCAUCCUGUUAUUGUUGGGUAAAGUGACUUUUCAAUGUUAUCACAAGUUUUGUAACAAUACAUUUUAGCUGAGCCUCAGGAUGGAUUGCUAUCUGAGUCUGAAACACAAAAGUACUGAUGAGGCAGCAUCCUGUUCAAAGCAAAAUGAAGCUUCUUCCAGCCUUAAAAAGUGCCGCUGUUGAAGCAAGGAAUAUCCGCUGAUUGGUUUCAGAUCCAGAAGACAUGCAACUGCCACAGUGUGUUUUACAUUACAAUGCAUUGCCCAACGAAGCUAUGAAACCAUCAAAAUUACAAAGACUUCCUGAUACUAAAUGUAAAGAAGGCUUACCACUUUAGGUUUAAUGCUUUCUUAAAAGUGUUCCUACUUUCUACUCUAGAGAAGAGUUAACUAAAUAUGCCAGGAUUCAACAGUGAUGCCGAAUAGGGAUGAGUAGCUGUGAUCGGCUGCAGGGCCAGCCCAAGGUAAUUUUCAAGUGUAGGCGAACAGAAACCAAUCACUAAAAAAAUAAAAGUGUUGGGUAAGUGAAAAUGUUGGAUAAUAAGGAGGGAUUAAGGAAAAGCCUAAAUAAAAAACAACACUCUGAAAUCCAGACAGGAAACAAUCAGGACCAGCUAAUACCUCCCAACCAAGGAUGCCCCCAGAGAGGAAGCAGCCAGGCUUUGAAUUUGCAAGGCCAUUAAAUGCUAAUCAAGCUGGCCAAUUGCAACAUUUACACUAGCCUCAAACAGACAAGAGCUCUUUCUCCCACCCUGGACUUUCCACAGAUAUAUAAACCCCACUUACAUAGCUUCCAACAGACCUCACAAUCUCUGAGGAUGCCUGCCAUAGGGUUAAGGUGGGCCUGGCUCCGGAGGUGGGCCUGGCCCUGGGCCAAGCCUCGAAGGCGGUUACAGGCCGAAGGCGGCCACAGGCACCGAAGACAGCCACAGGCCCCGAAGGCAGACCCACGGACAAAGGCAAGCGGGCCCAGGCCAAAGGCGAGAGGAGGUGAAGCCUCAACUGCGCCCCCUAGAGGAUGGCGCCACAGCAAGUGCCUGAUUUGCUCAUGGUUGAACCGCCCCAGAUCGGCUGCCACAUGGUGCUGUUACAUACUGGAAAACAUGACAGCUGGGGCCUUGCCGUUACGAUCAUCCAGUAGAGCUGAAGAAGCCAGUUUGGCUGAAGUAAAAUGGCUAAAAUGGAUCCGUGCAUAAAUGUAGUAGGGACAUUAGGAAAUGAAGGAAAUAGUUAAAAACUGCCACUGUUAGUAAGAAUAAAUGCAGUAGAGGUUUCAUUUGAAGUUUCUUAACUAAUAGCAUAAAUAAGAAAACUGCACAUGAUAACUGAAGAACGUACAUUACCUGGAGCAAAAAACCAUGGUUUCUGCAUUGAUCAAUGUGAAGCCUGCCACAGACCUUUCCUUAAUACUUUAAUGACACAGUUAAGAAGCAAAUUGACAGUUUCUCAGCCAAUACCAAGGAACCGUUAUUAGAAAGAAUGUGCAUGUCCUCCUAUUUCCAAACUUCACACAUUUUCUUGGUUCCAUAGACAAAGAAUAGCCUGAGGACACGUUACUUAUUAUACGAUCUCUGAAGGGUUUUCAGCACAAUUUCUCAGAAUAUUUUCUUGUUCCUGAUGCAAGCAAAAACUGGAUUAGAUAUCUAUUUUCAGUUAAUGUGUUUGAAUUAGAGGGGCUCACAGCAACAUAAGAAGACAAUCAUGGAUGGUGCUUUGAAAUGGCAGUUUAAGGACUACUAGACCAUUCCACAUUUCUGACCUCACUUUCAAGCAGAUUUUCCAAAGCUAUAGAAUAGGGCAAUGAAAGUGCUGUGUUGAGGCCUUUCAUGAUGACAUACAUUUCUCUCAUUUAUCUUAAAAAUAAGUACAAAAAUAAGGGUAGUUGAAAAACAUAGAACUCAGAAUGGAAGUUUUUAAGGCUGAUGUAAAUGAGAUAUAGUACUAGGUUUUUAAUUUAUUCAUUCAGAUUAACAAGCGAUGUUACGGUAUGGUUCAGUAUACAGUCUGGUAUUAUUACUUUACUAUUACUACUAGUACAGUGGACUUUUGGUAUCCACUGGAGUUUGGUUCCAGGACUAACCCAACAUAUCAAAUUCUAUGGAUGCUCAAGUGCCAUUAUGUAUAAUCUUGUAAUAAAAUAGUAUCACUUAUGGUAUAUAAAACAUCAAAAUCAAAAUGUUGCCCUUUGACUUUUUUUCCUGGUAUUUCCAAGCCAUAGCUGGUUGAAUACACGGAUGCCAAAUACAUAGAUAUGGGAACGGAAUAGGGGACAGACAAACAGAUGAGGCAGAGACUAAAUUAUUAUUUUAAAUUCAUAUGAUAUCAUUUCAGUAAAAAUAUUCUAAUAGGAGUGUCAAUCAAUCAAGACUUUAUUACAAUCCAUGAUCAGCACAGAGAGGAGUACAAAUGCUUUGGGAUGGGGGAACACAGUUCUUUAGAGAGACAGUCAUAAAAAAGAUUAGAAAAAGUUUUAAAAAGCAAUACUGUUUAAACACACAGUUAACAUAGCAGGUAUGGGGGGUGGGAGUCUAAUAAGUGGGGUUAAAAAAACUGUGUGAGCACUAGAGGGAGAGGGAGGGGCACAUUGCAAGUCCAGCAACACCCAAGCUGCAACAGGUUGCUUCACCCAUGCUACCAUCAGGGUGUUGCCUUGCGGGGUCAAUCAUCAUCCAUUGAAUUUUGAGUGCUGCAGCACAGAGCCUAGCAACUGUAUAAGUUAUUGUAGUGCUAGAGUCUGAAGAGCAGCAAGGUGGCAUAACAUUUUCCGGUCUGCCCUGGGUAUUUAAGAAGCCAUGGAGUAAUGAGAUUACUUCUAAUGUCUCCAUAGAACAUGCAUUGAAGGAGCACAUGUUUGGUUUUUUUCUGUGUGUCCGGACUCGCAUGGGCAUAAUCUCUUCCUGAAGUGGUUUUUCCAAUACCACCCUUCCAAUACAGCCGAUUGGAGGGCAUGGCAUCUUGCCAGAGUAAAAGCCCUUCGGUGUUUGGGCACAUCCAGGUUUGUUAGGUAUGCCAUGAUUGUGGUGAGGUAUCUAUAAAAGCUAACAAUAAAAGCUGGGGCGGAGGCUAAGUCCGAUUGGUGCUUUAUGUCCAGGAUUCGUUGGUUAAUGAGAUUCUUGGAUUGGCCCCAUCCUAUGUUUGGAAAUUGUCAUUGGGAGAAGCCUAGUGUUGUGAUCUUUACUGCCACUGUUUUAGUCCAUGUGAACUAGAAGUCGUCCCUCAUGGUUAGAGGGGCAAGACAGCGUGGAGAGACGGAUAGACAUAGCCAGUAUUUGAGAAUGCCUGUCCAUACUCUGGUCUGUCUCCAAUCAUAGGAUGGCAUUAGAGACAUAUCUGGAAACCUGUAGAGCUGAUCUUAGGAUUUUUGAUUGAACAUGCAGUAAAUAAAGGUAAAGGUUUUCCCCUGACAUUAAGUACAGUCGUGUCUGACUCCAGGGGUUGGUGCUCAUCUCCAUUUCUAAGCCAAAGAGCCAGCGUUGUCCUAGGUCAUGUGGCUGGCAUGACUGCAUGGAGUGCUGUUACCUUCCCACAGAAGCGGUACCCAUUGAUCUACUCACAUUUGCAUGUUUUCGAACUGCUAGGUUGGCAGAAGCUGGGGCUAACAGCUGGAGCUCACUCCCCUUCCUGGAUCCCAAUUGCCAAUCUUUCGAUCAGCAAGUUCAGCAUCUCAGUGGUUUAACCCUCUACGCCACUGCAGAACAUCCUCUAGUGGGGCAUAAUUUGGAAAGGGGCCGAGCUGGCUCCAUACAGCAUUUGUACCAAAAGUUUACAUCCCGUUGGUAUAAAGUGGCCUCCCUCCAUCUUGAGGUAUCUUAAGAUAGUAGAUGAGCUCUUUUGUGUUGUCUCUGCUGAAUCCUCUGUGUGGGCUUUUCCGCUGUUAGUGCAAUGAGGAGUACUCCCGGGUAUUUAAAACUUGAAGCCUGCUCAAUUUCUGCAUUUAGGAGUGUAUGCAUUGACUUAUUAUUCCCUUCUCUCUCAAUUUGAAGACCCCUUUAACAUAAAUAUUUGAUGCAUUUUAGGUUUUAAAUCUUGAGUUACGUCUUGGUGGUCCAUGGUAUCAAAAGAUUUGUAAAAAAAAAAAAAAAAGGUCUAUUGUCAAUAAAAUGUUAAGAGGUGCUACUUGGCCACUGCAGCCUUAACCUCCAGAGCCACUCUUGUUGCUGCAAUAUGUAAUUUCAUAUGCUAUGCAUUCCUGCUCUGUUACAGCUGUACUAGUUUUCCCAUACAAGGGAGAGAGGCUGUUGUUGCGCAGGGGUCUGCACACGUGUUUCUCCUCCUGUUAAUCAGCUGACUCCAGGCCACUCGGCUCUCCGUGGGGAAACUCGUCUGGAGGGGAUUAAAGCCCCAGCCUCAGCAUCCCUGGAAUCAAGCAGGGAUGAGCCAGGCCGCAGCCGGGUUGUGUUCUUACAAGGGAUAAUAAGAAGUCUUAAUAACCUGCCAAGACGUGCGCUCAAAGGAGAGAGCAAUGCAGAGGUUUCUGAGUGAUGAGCCUCUAUCGAUCCCACUGCUGUUGCUGUGGCUGAUGGGGAUAAAGGGAUGGAUAAGGCCUGCUUUCUGGGAAGCCGCCCACUGCCCUCCGACAGGAGGCUUGGCUUUAGGGAAUUUGGCUUCCGUAUGCCUCAAUCCCAGCCACCUGCAAGCUAUUUAGUUAUCCUACAGGUGUGGGUGGGGGAGUAUGGACUUCAGACCUUCCUGUCUGGUACUAUAGUUUCUUUGCCUUUUUAGGCCUUGAGCCCCUUCUUGUCCAAUUAUGACUUUCCGGGAACAGACCGUGCUGAUUUCCCUGAUGCCAAGUCCACCUCUCAAACCAGUGGAAUCUGUUGUCUAUGUUGAUGGCCAUGUGACCAAGACCCUGAACUAUUUGGAGGUGAAUCCCCCGGGCGUCUUGAAAACUGGACCAUAUGGCACUGCUUUGAAGCCUCACCCGCUCAGCCCUGCUCGGACAUUUUCCAGUGAGCCAUCCAAAGCUAAACUGGAUCCGUAUGGUGGUGCCAUGGCACCAUGGGACUGGAGUAAGAACCAGACAGCAAUGGAGCACUUCAAUCAGCGGGCCAAAAGAAAGCCUUCCAUGAAAGCAGGACGUACCAAGAAGAUCUUUGGCUGGGGGGAUUUCUAUUUCAACAUCAAAACCCUGAAGUUCAGCCUCUUGGUGACAGGCAAGAUUGUGGAUCAUAUUAAUGGCACCUUCAGUGUCUAUUUCCGCCACAACUCCUCCAGUCUGGGCAAUGUCUCAGUAAGCAUUGUGCCACCAACUAAGAUAGUUGAGUUUGAUGUCUUGGUUCCUCCUAUCCAAACCCAACACCUCCACCCUCAGCAGUCCACUUUAGCUGAGCCCAAGGAAUCCAAGACCUUCAACUGCCAUGUGGAGUAUGAGAAGACUAACCGGGCACGCAAGAACAAGCCUUGCCUCUACGACCCCUCCAAGAUCUGCUUCACUGAGCAUACACAGAGCCAUGCUGCCUGGCUGUGUGCCAAACCUUUCAAGGUCAUCUGUAUCUUCAUCUCAUUCUUCAGUAUCGACUACAAGCUAGUCCAGAAGGUCUGUCCAGAUUACAACUUCCAGAAUGAGAAUCCCUAUUUUGGCUGACGAGGGAACAGGGUGCUUUUGAGGGACAGGGAUGUAGGGAGGGGAGGGCUAUUUAAGUAAGUGGUGAUUUUUAUCAGGGUGAGAGUUGGAGGAACAGUGAAAGAAAGAGAGUUUGAUGGACAGUGAAAGAAACAGAAAAGCUCCCUUUCUCUGUUCUUGAUGGGAGGACAGUCACCAGGUCUGACUAGGAACUGGAUGCAAGUCCAUCAGAUAAACAUUCCCCUCCCAGUGACCACUCAAUCUCCGAGGACGAUGGGGAAGUGGAGAUCUAUCUAAGAGAUGACAUUGCUUUCAUGCUCCACCUAUCCCUCUUCUGAUGUCUCUUAGGGGUGUCUCAUGGAAGUUCCCAGCAAUAUGAAGAAGCGGCUUGCUAUGCCUGUCUCUCUUUUGUGCAUAAAAGAACCCUGCUGCUUUGUGGCGCUGUCACAAUGGUUACAUAAUCCUUUCUCCUGAAAUCAUACCUCCCAUUUGGAAUGUAAGGGUGCUGAGUGGCAUCAACCAUGUCUAUCUGUCUGUCUAUCUGUCUGUCUGUCUGUCUCUACCUCCUCAACUCUCCCUGGGAUAAGCCACAAACCAUCAAUCUGACCUGACUGAGGCUGUAGGAAAGGGCAGGAAAAGACCAAGGAGCUGGGGAGUGGAUGAUGACAUGGGGUAAAAAUUGUCCGUCGUAUGAUCAUCCAUAUACAAACAAAAUAGAAACACAAUACAAAAGGGAUAGAUCACAUUAAAUUUGGGGUGGGGGUGGGAUUUGAAUUGAAUGUAGAUAUGGAAGUUGGAGCCACAUAGCAUCAAUUUGAAGAAGACAGAAAGGUUGGAAGCUAUACAAAGGCAUCUGAAUGUAACCAAAAUGGUAGCCUUUUUUUGUGGGCAUGUGAAAAUGGAAAAGUUCCCAGCAGAGGCAUGGGUGAGUGUUAAUAGAAAUCUAAGUAGGUGUGUGUAAGGGCAGCCAAAGAGACUGAAAUUCAACAGAAGCGUGUCAGUAGAAACAAGUAGAUGGAGUGUGUAUGUGUACACAGCAUGGUGCCUCACAAGAACAUGUGCUACGUUUUGUGGCCUUAAUGACACACAUGUGCACAAGUGUUCAUUUGAAUAUAUAAUGAGAAAUGUAUAUGCAUGUUAGCAACAAGUAACAAAAGUGUGUGAGAGUUUUAAUUAGGGCUGGAAGUGUUUAUUGAUCUAUUCAGCCGAUCAAUCAACCAGAGUUAAUCACAGAUAGAAAUUUCUCCUCCUAAUUGAUCAUUGGGGUUUCAAAGAAGAACACGCUGUUGGGUGUCUGGACAGGUGUACUAGCUCCCUUCCUUGCUGCAGAUGGGUUUUGCUUCUAGUUUACAUCCAAAGAGAACCAAUAUUUCUUAUUUCAGGGUGAAACCAUUAGGGUUUUCCUGCCAGCAAUAAGAAUCACAGAGCAACCGUGGCUGACAGUGCUCACUUGAAAAGGACAUCAAUUUGUCUUUUAAAUCUGGAUCUUUUGUGCUACCUAUGGGAUUUGAAGUUGUUCCUUUUUGAAGCCGUGUAGGCUGUGGCGUAUGUCUGUAAUUGGGACUAUUCUGUAUGGAAAAGAAAAUGUAAAAGAUAGCCUUUUUCCUUCUUAACAAUGAGAGGCAGCUUCUAGUUAUUCAAGGAAAAGUGACCUCAUAUUUUAGUGGGAACUCAAGCUUUCCCUUCUGCAACAUAAAAAGCACCUGUAAAUGUUUCCCACAUUUGAGUAUCAAGUACAUACAUAUAGAUUUAAAUAUAAUUGAUCUGCUGAACAAAAGCCAGUUGAUUAAUCAGCAAAACCUCUCUUUUUUUCUUGAAAACCAAUAGACAGUCUAUUUAAUCUGUGCACGUGUUUGCGUGUGAAGAUUUCAUCAAAGAGUAUGGUGACAUUUGGAGUAUGUGUUUUAUCAGGAAUCUGAAUGCAUCAAGGAGUGCCAGUGUGUAAAAAGGUGUGGGUGAACAGGUGAUAUGGUGUUGAUGGGGAAGUCUGCAGGUGACUGAAUGAGUUUGUACAUUGUGUUCAAGGCCUUAUCUUGUUUGACUGCAGGAAAAGAAGACACCACAUUCACUUUACACAAUGUAGUUAUUUUGAAUUCCCGUUGCACUGUGUGAUGUCUCAUACUUGGUUGUUUGCCUUAGAACAGGGGUUUCAAAGUCAUUUUCAUCAAGAGCCAAAUUAGCCUUAUGGUUGCUUUCAAAGGGCCGUUGAAUCCAUGGAUACAUGGGGCCAACUAUAAUUUUUUUAAAUAGGGUUCAGUGCUCUUUAGUUCUAACCCAGUUUGGGUACCUAGAUGUUAUUGAACAGCAACUCCCAUCACUUUUGAUUAUCUGCCAUGUGGAUUGGAGAUAAUGAGAAUUGCAGUCCAAUAGUGCUUGUGGCUCUGAGGUUAAGGAAAAGUUAAAUGACAUUUUAAAGCCAGACAUCAUACCCCCACAAGCCUUGUAUCUAAAUCCAAACCCCAGUCCCCUAACUAAACAGAACAAAUCUCAGCCUUCCAGAGGUUAUAGAGGCCCCUUCCACACAGCUGAAUAAAAUCCCACAUUUUCUGCUUUGAACUGGGAUAUAUGGGAUAUAUAUAUCCACCCUGAGUCCCCUUGGGGAGAUUAGAUGGAAUACAAAUGAAUUAUUAUUAUUAUUAUUAUUAUUAUUAUUAUUAUUAUUAUUAUUAUUAUUAUUAUUAUGGCAGUGAGGACUCAGAUAACCCAGUUCAAAGCAGAUAUUGUGGGUUAUUCUGCCUUGAUAUUUUGAGUUAUAUGGCUGUGUGGAAAAGCCCUGUGUCACAACUCUCAGCAGUUUGAGUUGUGGUGUAUAAUGAUGAAGAAUACAGGCAUUGUAGUCCAGCAUCUGGACUGCUACAUUUCCCAAUCACGUAGAUCUGACACAAGGCGAAACUAGGGGCCCUUCCACACAGCCCUAUAUCUCAGAAUAUCAAGGCAGAAAAUCCCACUAUAUCUGCUUUGAACUGGGUUAUCUGAGUCCACACUCAGAUAAUGUGGGAUUUUCUGCCUUGAUAUUCUGGGAUAUAGGGCUGUGUGGAAGGGCCCAUAGUCUCUUUGCAGUUCCCCAGAUGACUAAAUGGGUGAGGAUUAUUGACUUCAGAUUGUUUAACUGUAAAAGAAAGAAGAUUAUUCUUUCAGUUACUGUUGAAAUUAAAGUGAAGAGUACACAAGACUAGUUUCUUAUGCAGAAGUGUGAGUUUAAUUCAGUUCUGGUAUUCUGAACAAAUUUCUGGGGUUAGAAUUGAUUGAUUCUAAGUAUGCAUCUUUCAUACCAAAUUCAGUGGGUGUUGUUGUUUUUUAAGUAGCUCCUGCAGUCUUGCUGCUUUUGUAUCUCUGGGUGAAAAAGACAUUUGGGCUACUUACAGAUCCAUGAUACAUACAACUUGACUUUUCUUUCAGCUUAUUGACCCUCUUCUGCACUCAUCCUUCUACCUUCUGAGAUAACACAAGUUUUAAAACCAGUUGGGGGCACCCAUAAACCAGGUGUGGAUAUCAAUAGGGAAAGUGAUACUCUUCUCUUUUGAUAAUCAACAAAGAGAGAGAGAACAAAACCAUAAGUACAACAAUAUCACAUGGCUCAGAUUUUCCUAGACUGUUUCAUGUCAAGAAGUAUAAGUGUGGAAUUGUAUGCUUGAAUAUUCUCUAUAUUAAAAUAUAUUCUGCUUCUGUAAUCCAAGCAUAUUAGGGGGAAGUGUCUCUCAACCUGUGGAGGUCCCCAAGUGUUUUGGCCUACAACUCCCAGAAAUUCCAGCCAGUUUACCAGCUUUUAGGAUUUCUGGGAGUUGAAGGCCAAAUCAUCUGGGAAUCCACAGGUUGAGAACCACUAGUCUAGUCUCUGGAAAUGCUAGCUUUCUUAAUUGAAGUUCUGAGUGGUUUUUAGCCUAAAGAAGGCAUGGGCCAUUUUUGUCCCCCACGUGUGUCUAUUUGUUUUUACUCUGAAAAUUCCAUCUGGGGUUAUAGAAGGCAUUUCUAACACAUGUUUAUGUUCUCUUCUAGUGGACAUUCCUGCCACUUUGGAGGCAGCAUAAGCCAAUUUAGACCAAAGAAGAAAUCUGUUUCAAUACAGAAAGUGACUUCUGCUUAUUUUCUGUUCUUAAAAAUGUGGUGACAAUUUCUUCUUGUCACUUAAGAGGAAUUUAAGGGCAAAAGCUAUGUGUGUAUGUUUUGUUUUGUUUUUUUGCAAUGUGACAAAGAUUUGCCCCUUGAGGUCUCCAGAGGAGCUAAUGCAAUCACCCAGAAUCAUAGAAUCAUAGAGUUGGAAGAGACCUCACGGACCAUCCAGUCCAACCCCCUGCCAGGAAGCAGGAAGUCGCAUUUAAAGCACUCCCAACAGAUGGCCAUCCCGUCUCUGCUUAAAAGCCUCCAAAGAGGGAGCCUCCAUCACACUCUGGGGCAGAGAGUUCCACUGCUGAACAGCUCUCACAGUGAGGAAGUUCUUUCUAAUGUUCAGGUGGAAUCUCCUUUCCUGUAGUUUGUAGUCAUUGUUCCACUUCCUAGCCUCCAGGGUAGCAGAAAACAAGCCAAUCUUCUGCAAUUGGCCACCUCUGACCUGGGGGUGGGGGUUCUCUUUUCAAAGGUUAACAGUAAAGCAUUGAGAUCUUCCCUGCAUUCUCAAGUGCGAUCCUGGGAAAGCAGUAUCAUGUGAUAUUUCCAAACAUAUAGAUUAUCUAUUCAGACAUCAAAGAUGAAGUUAUAGAUUGCUUUUCAAAUGUGCAGGUGAGCUCUGCAAAUUUCUUGGAGAUGACAUCCCCGAGAAAGACCAGAAUUUUGCCAUGUACCUUUUUUCAAAAGUAGCUUUGACUUGUUCCAUCUUCACCUACAAAGCCUUUUGCUUCCAAGGGCCAUUCAUGAAAUACAGCAGUGUUGUGCUGGAUUCGCAAAUGGUGAAUUAUGAACACAUAAGCUUAACAGCAGGUGAUGAAUUCAAAAAUAGUAUUGAAUAAUAUACAAGAAGUGACUGAUGUCUCUGAGAGUGUUGGUGAACGAUGUUUAAAAGGAAAAGAUAUUUGUGUUAGAAUGCAUGAGUUGUAGAUCAUGAAUCAAAGGCUCGUCUUGGCUGGAAAGGGAAAGGGAAAUGGACGAAAUCGCUUUGCAUCUGCAUACCAGAGAUAAGUCAUCUCGGCCCGCGUUGUUCCUGAUUUUUCAGGUACCAGUUGUACUGCUGACAUUUGCAUCCUUCACCACAUUGAAGCUAAAGUGGAAGAGUGGGCAACGGAGAGGGUGUGCCUCUCCCACUGUUUGGGCAUGUGUAUGCAUGCCUCUAUACAACUGGAAUCCUGUAUCUGUCCACAUGGUAUGAAUGAAUUCUUGCACAAAGCUGUUGUGCAGGUGUCUGUACAUAAAUAAUUGUGUAAGUGCUUUUGACAGGAUCUGCUGUUAGCAUCUGUAACUGUGCAUGUGUGUAUUAUGUGUUAAGAACUGGUAGGAAUUUGCAACCGUCUGCAUAAAUAAUGCCUGAGCCUAUGAGAACAGAGCAGUGGUCCUCAACCUGGGGUCCCCGGAUGUUUUUGGCCUAUAACUCCCAGAAAUCCCAGCCAGUUUACCAGCUGUUAGGAUUUCUGGGGGUUGAAGGCCAAAAACAUCCGUGGACCCCAGGUUGAGAACCACUGUCCUAGAGACUUAAUAUUUAGGCUAGAAGUUCAUCUUUUUUCCCCUCUUGGAUCAAAAUGGAAGGCAUACAGCACUAAUUUGUUUUCCAACCAACCUUUUUCCCAAGGUGGCUUAUAUUCCCCCAUUACACCUUCACGAUCCUAUGAGGUCAAUCAGGCUGAAAGAAAAUAACCACUCCAAGGUCAUCCAGGGAAAUUUGUGGCCUGAUGGGGAACACAUCUCAAAAGUCCCAGCAUAAAACCCUAACCAGUAUGUCACGUUAGGGUUUUUUUCAUAUGCGUUAACACAUACACAUAUAUUUCCAAAAUAUUAGCCUCACGCCUGUUGGAAAUUAACCUAAUAUUACUUCCUUUCUUUUGAUCACUUGGUUGUGACUUAUGAAUGAGCUCUGCCUUCUUGGCAAUAGAUUUUAGGAUUCCCAGUAUUGGCUCACGUGUAGUGCAGGCUGCAUUAGAGAAUCUCAUUUCUAAAUAGAUAGAAGAAGAAAGCCAAGCUGCACAGUCUUUUUGCUGGAAAGUUACAGAAUAGCAGAUGCCUCCAGCAGGAUGGUUUGAUCUUUCAGUGUCUCUGGUACCACAUUAAUUUAUCCAGCACAAAUUAUUGUUCCUCGAGUGAUUCAGCAGUUGGAAGUACACAAAACCCAAGCUCUCCCACUGAGCUAUGGCAGUAGUAGGCACAACUAAUGUGAAAGCAGUGUGAAUCACUCCUGUUUUCAUUUUGAGAGGACAAGCCAUUUUUAGAUAGCAAGGUAGUAAUGUUUGAAACUAUGCCAGUAGCCCUUAAUAGACUCUUACAUCUCUGAACUGUGAACGAAGCAAAUACGCUUGCAAAUACCUCAUUACUUUUCAAAAUCCAGCCGUAAGGGAGGAGGCAAGAGGCAUUCAACUCACAAGUACAGUAGAGUCUCAUUUAUCCGACAUAAAUGGGCCGGCAGAACGUUGGAUAAGCAAAUAUGUUGGAUAAUAAGGAGAGAUGAAGGAGAAGUCUAUUAAACAUCAAAUUAGGUUAUGAUUUUACAAAUUAAGAACCAAAACAUCAUGUUAUACAACAAAUUUGACAGAAAAAGUAGUUCAAUAUGCAGUAAUGCUACGUAGUAAUGACUGUAUUUAUGAAUUUAGCACCAAAAAUCACGAUAUAUUGAAAACAUUGACUACAGAAAUACGUUGGAUAAUCCAGAAUGUUGGAUAAGCGAAUGUUGGAUAAGUGAGACUCUACAGUAGUUGAUAUCUAGAGUUACUACAGUAGGGUCCUAGUGCUGGAUACCCAUCAUCAUAUGUAAAGGAAAAAUGGCUCUUCCUACAUAUUCAGCCAAAGUUAGUAUAUGCUUGGUGGUCUCUUUAGUUUCUGUUCCAUGUUCUGGACAAAUAUUUCUAUCUGUGACUUCAGAGAUCCCUCCCACGCAGCAGCCAAUGGCACAAGAAGCAUCACAAGGCAACCAUUUGCUAUGAAAACCUUAUUUCAUCCCCUUUGGCAUUCAUUUCAUGCAUCAGGUCACAUGUGGGGCAUUGCAGUUUGAAAUCCUCAUGGGUGAUUGUUCUCAUCGUCUCCGUCUGGUUGCCACAGCACUUGUUUGUGCGUCUGUCUCAAGAGUCCAUUUAUGUGUGUAAGUAAAUAAACAGCAAGGGGUCUGUAUGCAAUAUGAGUAGACAUGCUGUGUUGGUUUUUGCUAGGGGUGUGUGCAAUGUGGAGGCAUGCAUCUGAUAAUCUGGAUGCCAGUUGCAUUGUUUUCUCGUACCCUUACCAAGGUCAGAAGACCCUUGUGCAUUGCAGAGGAGGCUUUUGCCUGAGAAUAUGGUUCAAGAACAGAGACAGCUGCUCAGGACUGCAACUCUGUAGGCAAAUGAGGGCAAAUUAAAGGGAAGCAAGAACUAACGAACCAACAGUACUCCCAUGGAUCAGUUCCCAUCCCUCUGGACUGUCUGUCAUCAUUUGUCACUGUCAUUACCUAUAGAAUGUCUGUAAUCUGUGAAGAAGUGAGAGGCCACUGGACUGACGGAGGUGACAGUGGCUGGGUUUCUCCUUCACCCCACGGCAGGGUCACGCUCCCUUCGGAGGCAUCCCCUCACCCCCCAGCUGUGUCCUUUGCCAGGGUGAAGACUUCUUCAUAUUUUUAUAUAUUUAAAUUAAAUAAAAGAGAAUAAACAGAA